UGGCCGCAGCCAGUUAUUGAGCGGGUGGUUGUUGCCUAUUUUGUUGUAAAUAUCAUUCGUAAACUUAAUCAUAGUGGUAUAGAAAUCACUUAAAGUUAUGAAAUAAGGUGAAGUGUAACAUAAAAACAUCAAAAUUAAAGUUCUGCAGUGAUUACCAAGCAUCGGCGAUACAUGGCACGGAGUGAUGGCCAGCAUUGGGAGGAAGAUGAACUGCUGUACUCCAGCCGCGACAGCGAUGACAGUCCCAUACUUUCCUACAGACAUGAGAAAUAUCGUCGGUACUCGUCACACGUACGCGAGGGCAAGACGGAGGAAAGAGAAAGAAGAUCGACAUUCAGCGUGCUCGCAAAAUUCUUCCUGUUCAGUACCGCAAUGAUAUUAUUCUGUGUACUGCUCUAUAUACCUGUAUAUAAUAAGGCCAAUGACCAGGUUCUUAAACCCGCUGUAGCUGGCUGGUCAAUAAAUACAAAUAGAGAUACAAAAAUAUAUGUACAGCCAGAAAAUGUAACAACGAUACACGAACCAAAAGACAUCUGUCCAAAAAGUAAUAGAAAAGAAAAAAAUAAACUAUUCCUACUAAUAUUUGUUUGUUCGUCAACUUCAAAUUUCGAACAGAGAGUUGCCAUUAGAGAGACGUGGGGAAAUUAUAAAAAUUAUCUCAAAUUAUCUAGAAUAUUCCACGCGGUUAAAGAAAAGUACAAAAAUUAUAAUUCAAGUAUCGAUAUUGAAACAGAUAGUACUAAUGUUAGUGUUAAUUUAGAUAGGAUACAAAGAGACAUAUCUGGUUUUGGUCAGUUAUUACCGGAAUUAGCUAAAGCAUUGCAAAACAAUAUGGCGAAAGCAACAGAACCGGCUGAAGAGAAACGUUUCGAAGAUGAAAAAGAAGAUGAUAAAAUGUUGCCAGAAUUCGAUAUGAAUAAAGUUUUAGGCGAUCAAGAAGAUGAUAAUGAUUUUGAUUACGAAUACGGCAGUAAUAUUAUGAAAAUACCACCGAAAGGUUACGAAGAUUCCCCAGAUUUAGGGAGAAUUAUGUCUCUAUUGAAACAUAUAAAAACUUUUCCUAAAUUUGAACCUGAAAUAGAUAAUAGUGAUCCAGAUUUUAAAUUAGUAUUUCUAUUAGGAUUACCACCGAAUGAUAACAACACAGAUGUUCAAGAGAAGAUCGAAACUGAAGUGGAAACAUAUGGAGAUAUAAUUCAAGAAGGUUUUAUUGAUUCCUACAAUAAUUUAACUUUAAAAUCUAUAAUGAUGUUAAAAUGGGUUACUAAUAAUUGCAAUGAAAGUGUCCGUUACAUAUUGAAGACCGAUGAUGAUAUGUACAUAAACGUGCCAAAUCUGGUAACGAACUUACGUUCCCGCGCAAAGACGUUCGAUGACAACGCUAAAGGGAACAGCAAAGAGUAUUUGCUUAUAGGAGACCUAAUCUGUGGAGCUAGACCUGUACAGGAUACAAAGAGCAAAUGGUACAGUCCGCGCUACAUGUACCCGGGGCGCGUGUACCCGCGGUACUUGUCGGGUACAGGCUACGCUCUGUCAGCGCCCGCAGCACGCGCGCUGUAUGCGGCCGCGCUCACCACCACGUACUUCCAUCUAGAAGACAUCUACAUCACUGGUAUGUGCGCGCUCCGUUCGAAUCCCCGCGUAGUAGCGCGCGACGAGGCGGGGUUCUCGUACGCGCCGGUGCGAGCGCCCGCCGCCGCCUGCGCCGCGCAUGCGCGCAUCUCCGCGCACCGCGUGCCGCCGCACCGCAUGCGCGCGCUGCACCGCACACUGCUGCAGCCCCUCGCUGCUGACAGAUGCGAAAGAAAACAAUUAGCACAGGUGAAGCAAGCGUCGUCAGCCGGGCCAACUCGCGCUGCGCCAAACAAUAAGAAGCAACGACGCUUCUAUAAGACGCCACCGAAAUGCAAAUAAUACGAAGAUAGAGAGAACAUAACUCUCACACGACGCUACGAAGAGGAUAUAACAGGCCUUAGGUCACGUACACACAAUGCGGUCAGACGGACGAGGUAAAUGCCUAAUAGCAACCAUAAUCUAAAAGUUCUUGUAAUCUCUAAGUAGCACUAAACUGUGAAACUUAGUACAGUUAAAAAAAACUAUAAAAAUUCAGUUGACUGCGUUCUGGCUAACCGUUUUAUGUGUAUGGGCCCUUAAUUCUCCUCAAAACCGUCACCAAAUGACAAUAAAUUAAACCAUAAAGCUACGAAGUAAUUCACAAGUUUAAAAAAUCAGUCACAUGUGAAACAUCAAAUCCAUACAAAAAGCGUUGUAUUUGUGCCAAUAUACGUAAAGUAGUACGCACCAAUCCAUCAUCAUAGUCAUUCUAAUCUUACAAAAUAAUCUUUCUCUAGUUAUUAGGUUUUAUAAAUCCUUCGGGGUACCUCCCGGAGAUAUUGCGUUAAAAAAAAUCAUUAAAAAAAUUAUAACAAUUUUAAAAAUUUUUAAUAUUUCGCACCCCUAGAUGAAUACUUUUUUAAUUCGUAAAAAUCGAAAUUGAACUUACAAACUUUGCAAAUUCCCGUAUCAAAUACGAUAUUAAAAAAAAUCAGAUUUUUAAUGAUAAAA